AAAAACAUCUUCCAUUCAUUGCUUUCUAGCAAAUUCUGUCCCUGUCUCCUUCUGCAUGUGUCUUUCUACGAUUCUGUUUCUUGGUGUCCUGGUAUUAUUCUUGCCUUGCUUUCUUUCCGCUUCACUAUGUCUUUGCCUCUCUAUGUCUCUCUGUCAACAUUUUUGCUGUCUCUCGGGCUCACUUCCUCUCAGCUUCUGGUCCUCCAACAUUGUCUUCCUCCCUCACCCCUGGCCUAGAAGUCUCUCUCGGAUACUGUUUCUCCCCAUCUCUCUCCUUGUUUCUCUGUCUUGCUUGCCAUGUUACUGGGUCAUUUGCUGGGCAGAUGUCCAUGUCAUGCUGCCUCCACUCUGGUUUGAGUCCAAGGUAUAUACUUGGUGAAUUAAUGAGCCUGUCCUCCCUGAUUUUCAUUCCAGAAGUAUCUGUCUCCAUCUCUAUGUCCAUCAUUUUCUGGGUUUUCUUGUAUCCUUAACCUUGCAUAUUCUCAAUUCUAUUGUCUUUGUCUCUUUGUAUAUAUCUCUGUCUUUCUGUAACUAUCUGAAAAACAGGCAGCCCUCUCUCUAAGUCUCUUACUGCCUCUGACUCUGCUUUUCUGGGUCUCUUUUAUUAACUCCGUUUGCAUAGCUCUGGGUUUUGGUGACGUGUUAGGGUCAGUCUCUAUCGGCAACUGAAAGUCUCCUCCCUCCUGCCUCUUUUAAAAACUCAAUGGAUGGGGCAGGGCUACCACUUGCCCUCCACAAAGAUGGCGUCAGCGGCGCUGUCUGUGGGGUCGUGACGCUUCCUCUGCUGCGCGCGUGCCCUCACUUACUAUGGCAGCCGAUCUCGCGAAGCGCGAUGCCCCGCCCAGUUCUCAAGCUGUCCCUCGGCUGGCAUCUGCGCCAAGCUCGCGAGCUGGCCGGCCCCGUCCCCCGCGCGCUCUCACUGGCGCGGCUCAGGCCGGCCGCGCGCCCAUUGGCUGAGCGGAUGCACACCCUCCCCCCACCCCUGGGUCUGAUGGGGGCGGUUGGUGCUGACUUGAGGGGCCGCCUGCAGGAGGACUCGGCGUGUGAGGAGGGUGCGGGGGUAGGGUCAGGGUCCCGAGUCUGGGGGACCGCGGGACCAAGAGGAACGGAGACGCAGGCCGGGACUGGGAGGCCAGACCAGGAGCUGACCUGCAGCUGGGGCCACAGGCCUAGAAGCGCCCUGGACAGGGCCGAGGCCAUGGCCCCCCCACCGCCGCCACCAUUGGCCGCCAGCACCCCGCUCCUGCAUGGCGAGUUCGGCUCCUACCCGGCCCGGGGAUCCCGCUUAGCCCUCACUCUCACACCACAGGCCCUGCACAUACAGCGGCUACGCCCGAAGCCCGAAGCCCGGCCCCGGGGCGGCCUGGUCCCGCUGGCCGAGGUAUCAGGCUGCUGCACCCUGCGGAGCCGCAACCCCUCCGACUCGGCAGCCUACUUCUGCAUCUACACCUACCCGCAGGGCCGGCGCGGGGGCCGCCGCAGAGCUGCCCGCACCUUUCGGGCCGACGGGGCAGCCACCUACGAGGAGAACCGCGCUGAGGCCCAGCGCUGGGCCACUGCCCUCAUGUGUCUGCUCCGUGGACUGCCACUGCCUGGGGACGGGGAAAUAACCCUGGAGCUGCUGCCAAGGCCACCCCGAUUGCUCCUAUUGGUCAAUCCCUACGGGGGGCGGGGUCUGGCCUGGCAGUGGUGUAAGAACCACGUGCUGCCCAUGAUCUCUGAAGCCGGGCUGUCCUUCAACCUCAUCCAGACAGAACGGCAGAACCACGCCCGGGAGCUGGUUCAGGGGCUGAGCCUGAGUGAGUGGGACGGCAUUGUCACAGUCUCGGGAGACGGGCUGCUCUUCGAGGUGCUGAACGGACUCCUAGACCGCCCUGACUGGGAAGAAGCUGUGAAGACACCCGUGGGCAUCCUCCCUUGUGGCUCAGGCAACGCCCUGGCUGGAGCUGUGAACCAGCACGGGGGGUUUGAACCUGCCCUGGGUGUCGACCUGCUGCUCAACUGCUCGCUGCUCCUCUGCCGGGGGGGCAGCCGCCCGCUGGACCUGCUCUCUGUGACGCUGGCCUCGGGCUCCCGCUGUUUCUCCUUCCUGUCUGUGGCCUGGGGCUUCGUGUCAGACGUGGACAUCCAGAGCGAGCGCUUCAGGGCCCUGGGCAGUGCCCGCUUCACACUGGGCACGGUGCUGGGCCUUGCCACCCUGCACACCUACCGCGGACGCCUCUCCUACCUCCCUGCCGCUGUGGAACCUGCCUCCCCCACCCCUGCCCACGGCCUGCCCCGUGCCAAGUCCGAGCUGACCCUGGUCCCGGCCCCGGCCCCGGCCCCGCCUGUGACACACUCACCCCUGCAUCGCUCAGUGUCUGAUCUGCCUCUGCCCCUGCCCCAGCCUGCCCUGACCUCCCCUGGCUCACCUGAGCCCCUGCCCAUCCUGUCCCUCAAUGGGGGGGGCCCAGAGUUGGUCGGGGACUGGGGUGGGGCUGGGGAUGCCCCACUGUCCCCAGACCCCCUGCUGCCCUCACCACCUAGCUCCCCUAAGGCUCUACUGUCACCCAUCACCGAGGGGGUCCCAGAAAUGCCAGCCUCCUCUGGGCUCCCACCUCCCACCCCUGAUGCCCUGGGAGACAUCGCUACCGGGGGCCCACCUGACCACCUGCUCCCACCUCUGGGCGCCCCACUGCCCCCGGGGUGGGUGACACUUGAGGGGGACUUUGUGCUUAUGUUGGCCAUCUCACCCAGCCACCUGGGGGCUGACCUGGUGGCAGCUCCCCAUGCGCGCUUUGACGACGGCCUGGUGCACCUCUGCUGGGUGCGCGGUGGCAUCUCGCGGGCGGCGCUGCUGCGCCUUUUUCUGGCCAUGGAGCGAGGCAGCCACUUCAGCCUGGGCUGCCCGCAGCUGGGCUACGCCGCGGCCCGUGCCUUUCGCCUCGAGCCUCUCACGCCUCGCGGCGUGCUCACUGUGGACGGAGAGCAAGUGGAGUAUGGGCCACUGCAGGCGCAGGUGCAUCCAGGCCUCGGCACCCUGCUCACUGGGCCUCCGGGCCGCCCGGGCCUGGAGCCUUGACCCUAAGGAAGCUUGCUGCCUGCCGGGGGCGGGGCCAGCAUUCCGAGGAGGCGGGGCGGGGCCUAGGGGCGUGGCCUGGCUGCUAGAGUUAGGGUGAAGGCCCCACACGCAGGGACCCCUGCCCCGUCUCAGGAUUGCGCCGGCCCCCAGGGGACCAGAGGUAAUGUGGGAAGGAGUGUGGCCCGAACUCCAGGGGGUCGGGGUCAUCAUGGUCACCGACAAACGGGCUGGCCCCGAGGGUAGUGCCUGACUAAUGAGGGCGGAGCUCGGUCCAGACCCUCGCUUCCGGCUCGUGGGAGGCCAGGUCCGCUGAGGGCGGAGACUGUCUUACGCGUUGUCCAAUGACGGGACCUGGCAUGUACCGGCCGGGGAGGCCUUAGUUAAUUGGCCAGUCAGGGCCCGGGUCUCGCCCUACCCACUCCGGUGCCUCCACUUAACUGGCCAAUCAGCCCAGGAGGGGCAGGUUCCCCGGGGCCGACGCUCGGAUUUGCACUAAUGUUCCUCCCACCCCCCGCCGGUGGGGACGAGGAAACUCAUUUCUCCCGUCUUCUGUCUCUUGUGCGUCCCCUGACCCCAAUCUUCAAAGCAAUUGAAAAGGUCUAUGCAAUAAAGGCAGUCGCUUCAUUCCUCUCA